AUGUUCCUUCUGAUCCUAGUACUGGUGGGAGUACCAAGCAGUUUAGCAGCAAGUUGCGGUGGAUCCGGAAUACCGUUCAGGUUUGAGGUGCUACCCACAGGCAGUCCAGUGCUUGGCUGCGCUGCUCCAACAUGUUUCGGUGCCGGUGAAGGAGGAAACAGUCUUCUUCACGAUUCCAAAUUCCAGUUGACUUCCGAGGGAGAUGAUGGAUUCUUCCGCGAAGGUGAUCUACAACGACCACGAUCUCGAUAUGAUUCCGCCACUGCUCAACAAGCCCAGUGUCCAUCAGGAUUCGAUUCGCAAUCCUGUGCAACUGCCACCACAUGGGUCGGCGGAUUUUUGGCUAGCCCUGAUGGAAGUCUUCGUCUCCAAUGCUGCGAAUACGACGGUUUACGGUUAGCCGAGGAAGUUGGUCGUCCGGUUGUACACAGUGGCGAAGUUUACAGUGGAGGGGAAGUUCUGCGUGAUGGUCGACAGACAGGAUUUGAUUUGAUUUCAAAUGUGAGGAAGAUUGAUUCAGCCGAUGGAACUGUCGGCUACGAACUUACCGUUGUUCGCAUGAACUGUCUUCCGGAUCCCGUUGAGACCACUAAUGACGUCAGCAUGGACCCUAGCAGCAUCACCCGCAUCCUUGACAAAGUUGGAGAUGUGCGUGCCCAGGAACCCAACAAUGACUUACCAUCAGAAUCAGUUGAUCGUUCGGACAGCUAUCGCGUACCUCAACAGGAACCUCCUCAGGCCGAAGAUGGUGAAGAAAUAGUUCAAGUCGGAGAACAGGUGAUCCCAGUGACUUCGGCCGGGUACUAUUAUCCUGUAGCGUCGGGAGUGCCGGCUUGUUUCACAGGAGACACUGUGGUUGAAACACCUUCUGGAAAGAAGAGAAUGGAUGAGCUCAAGAUUGGAGACCUUGUGUUGACGGCAGAGGCAAACUCGACGGUGUUCACUCCUGUGAUUUCCUUCCUUCACCGCCUACCGGACACUGUUGCCUCAUUCAUUAGUGUCAAAACAGAAGCGGAUGAAUUAAAACUUACGCCUCAACAUUUCAUCUUCAAGGUGGACUGCAAUAACGAUGACUUCAACGUGGAAAUGAUAUAUGCUGAAAAUCUUAGAGCAGGCGAUUGCCUCUAUCGAUCAAGAGCUGACUCUUUGCACAAAAUCCACAUCCGUUCGGUGUUUGUAGUCGAAGAACGAGGAGUGUACGCUCCCAUGACAAAAUCUGGAGAUCUAUUGGCGAACGACAUCUACGUUUCUUGUCAUAAUGUCGUUAAAACGAGCACCUUAUCGCAUACUUUCCUCGAUUUUGCAUCCACAGUUCAAAGAAAGAUGCGGUCCUUAUUUGGAGGAGCUGAAGACGGUCAUUUGCCCACUACUGCAGAGUUCUUCCUGAAUAUGGUUGACUACAUUAUUCCCACGGGAUCUAAGUUUGAGUUGUGA